AGAGAGAGAGAGAGAGAGAGAGAGGGAGAGAGAGAGCGCGAGGACAGGACGCACUGGCGCAGCCGCGCAUGCAGAGAGAAAGCGAGGAGACACAGUCAACGUGUUUGAGUGAAGAAACGCUCAGUUUGCACGAGGAGACUGAAGAGGCUGCACGUCUGUUUCUCCUCAUCAGACUUUACGCACGCAACGCACGCGCACCGGAGCUCCUGACCAGUGUUUUGCGCAAAAAGCGGACAGUCAUCGAAAAGUAUAAGGACGCGCGUUGGGACAAUAUUUUUGUGUUUCUUACUCACAGGUGGUUUUGACACGUAAACGCGCCACUUGGGGAGUCAGUCACGGCAAAAGAGUUGGGAGUAUUUUUUCCCCCGCAGAUGGAAAAAGACGCGAGUUUCUUGUAUUAAUUUAUUUGUUUGCCUGUAGACGCUUCUUUUCUUUUUCUGCUUCUUUUUUUGCGUUUUGAAGAAGUGAUUUAUCAUUUCUUUGACAUUUGUGAUUCUGCACACAGCUGUGUGAGGUUUUAUCCCCCCACGCGCGUUUCGCUUGACACAGUGGACACCGUGCCCGCGAGCACCGGCAUGGGUUUCCCGAUCUUAAAAAUGUGGUUAUUGGACAAACUGCGCUGAUAACAGAUGUAGACGCGCGGUGUCUCACGCGGGCACACGUUUAAGUUAAAAAGCAGCCUUGAUAUUCUUGGAGAGCAGCGCGAGCGCAGCCCGGCGUUUGUGGUGGAGGUUUGGACACGAGUCUUGUUGCGCUUGAGUGGAACAGAAAACUGAGAGACUGUGGAGCUUGUUCCGUCUCUGAUACAGAAUAACAACCACAGACGUAGAUAACGGACGAUUUUUCUCCAUAUUCGAGGGGGAAGAUGGAUGUAUUCAUUUGGCUCUGUGGAUGUUUACUGGCUUUUCUCUGGCCUCCAGCGGUCACAGCAGAGGAAGGAGCAUCGGAACCAUGCGGGGGCUACUUAGAUGCCAGCGAUGCCGGAUACAUCACCACACCGGGCUACCCGCUGGAGUACCCGCCUCACCAGAACUGUCGCUGGGUCAUCACCGCUCCUGAGCCUUCACAGCGCAUCGUCCUCAACUUUAACCCACACUUUGAGAUAGAGAAACUGGACUGCAGGUACGACUACGUAGAGAUUCACGAUGGAAACUCGGAGGCGGCCGACUUACUCGGGAAGCACUGCAGCAACAUCGCUCCUGCACCGAUCAUAUCGUCAGGCCCCUCGCUCCACAUCAAGUUUGUGUCAGACUACGCCCACCAAGGGGCGGGCUUCUCACUGCGCUAUGAAAUCUUCAAAACUGGUUCAGACUGCUCACGUAACUUCACCAGUCCCUCAGGUCUCAUCGAGUCUCCAGGCUUUCCAGACAAAUACCCCCACAACCUGGAGUGCUCCUUCAUCAUCAUCGUCCCCCCCAGCAUGGAUGUCACGCUCAGCUUCCUCACCUUUGACCUGGAGAAUGACCCCCUGCCAGGCGGGGAAGGGGACUGCAAGUACGACUGGCUGGAAGUUUGGGACGGACUCCCCGGAGUGGGCCCUCUGAUUGGCCGCUACUGUGGGACCAGAGUGCCUCCUGAGAUUCAGUCGUCCACUGGGAUUCUCUCCCUGUCCUUCCACACUGACAUGGCCGUGGCAAAGGACGGCUUCUCGGCGCGGUACAACAUGACGCACAAGGAAGUCAGUGAGACUUUCCAUUGCAGUAACGCCUUUGGUAUGGAGUCAGGAAAGAUCACAGAUGACCAGAUCACAGCCUCGUCCAGUUUUUAUGAUGAACACUGGCUGCCACGACAGGCCCGACUCAAUUAUCACGACAAUGGGUGGACGCCCAAUGAAGACAGCAACAGGGAGUACAUACAGGUGGAUCUCCACACUCUGAAGGUGCUGACAGGCAUCGCCACGCAGGGCGCCAUUUCCAAGGAAACCGAAAAGGCGUACCACGUCACCACCUUCAAGCUGGAGGUCAGCACCAAUGGAGAGGACUGGAUGGUCUACAGACAUGGCAAGAAUCAUAAGGUUUUCCAUGCCAAUGUCGACGCCACAGAGGUGGUCCUCAACCGGAUCCCACAGCCGGUCCUGGCUCGCUUCGUACGAAUCCGACCUCAGACGUGGAAGAACGGCAUUGCACUGCGGUUUGAGCUUUACGGCUGUCAGAUCACUGACGCUCCCUGCUCAGAACUGCAAGGCAUGUUGUCUGGGCUGCUUCCUGACUCCCAGAUCUCUGCAUCCUCCAUGAGAGACAUCCAUGGCUCCAUGAGCGCAGCACGGCUUGUGGCCAGUCGCACAGGCUGGUAUCCCAACCCGGCACAGCCCAUAGCUGGAGAGGAGUGGCUCCAGGUGGACCUCGGGGUGCCCAAGAUGGUGCGGGGCAUUAUUACCCAGGGUGCAAGAGGGCUGGAGGGCAGCACCAGCGCCGAGAACAGAGCAUUCGUCAGGAAGUACAAACUGGCUCACAGCUUGACCGCCAAAGACUGGGUUUUCAUCACUGACAGCAAGACUGGCUUUACUAAGAUCUUCGAAGGGAACAGCCACUACGACACUCCAGAAGUGCGGAGGUUCGACGAGAUUGUGGCCCAGUACAUCCGGGUCUUUCCAGAGAGGUGGUCGCCUGCCGGGAUCGGCAUGAGGAUGGAGGUCCUCGGCUGUGAUCUGCCAGAAACCACCACUGUGCCCGACACAGUGACCCCCACUGUGCCCAGAGUGGAACUGACAAGUGCUGCAUUGAGACCUGCCACGACUCCAUCCCUGUCAGCGGUGUGUGACUUUGAGCAGAGCUUAUGCGGCUGGUCGGCUGAUCCUCACUCAGGUGUUAGCUGGUCUCUGCACACGGCCGGCAGCGGUUCAGCGGGACAUGACGCGCACGAGACAAGACAGGACCUGGCACUGGGAGCAGACAAUUUCUCCGGGAACUACCUGCACCUAGAUGCAGGUGCCCACACCCAGCGCAAGCGAGCCCGGCUGCUGAGCCCCGAGGUGGGGCCAGAGCGAGGUCCGCUCUGCCUCCUCUUCUACUACCAGAUACAGGGCGAGGCACAGGGGAGCCUGAGGGUCCUGCUGAGGGACAGUGACCAGGAGGAGUCAUUGCUAUGGUCUCUGAAAGGAGACCAGGGGUCACACUGGAGGGAGGGCCGCACCGUCCUGCCCCAGAGCCCCAAAGAGUAUCAAGUGGUGUUUGAAGGUUUCUUUGAUCACCCGACCAGAGGCCACAUCCGAAUUGACAACAUCCACAUGAGCAACAGCAUGGAGUUGGAGCAGUGUACACAGCCCUUCCCUGCCUUAACUCCUGGAAUAAACAACCCCAGGCCAAUGGAUUUCGGAAAAGAUCCUGUUUACAACGGCAAGCAUCCAGGCAAUGGAGAGUACGUCUUCCCUGGCUGGCCUUCCUCCUUCUCUACCCCGUCCUCCUCUGAUGCAGACCCCCCCUCUGUCACCCUGGUGUCAGAGAAGGACAACGCCUGGCUGUACACGCUGGACCCCAUCCUCCUCACCAUCAUCGUGAUGAGCUCCCUCGGAGUGCUGCUGGGCGCCGUGUGUGCGGGGCUCCUCCUCUACUGCACCUGCUCCUACAGCGGUCUCUCCUCGCGCUCCUCCACGACGCUGGAGAACUACAACUUUGAGCUGUACGACGGCAUCAAGCAUAAAGUAAAGAUAAAUCAGCAGAGGUGCUGCUCGGAGGCAUGAAGGCAAGGGAGGAGAAGGAUUGGGAUGAAGUGAUUCCAGUGAUACCCUGCAAAUGAUUUUCUUCUUCUGAGUAAGAAAGCAAAAAGAAAAAGAAGCACUAUCUGUUUGUUUUUUUUCAAUUCCCAUUGGCCCCUUGUUUUCUCCGACGUCCAACGGGGUAACAUACAACCUGGAAUUUCCCGACCUAUUUGUGUGCCAGGAGGAAACUUAUGAUCUUGAUGUCCCCUCCAUGCUAUGAGGCCUGAACCAGGGGGUCACACCUGACCCCCCAGUUCCCACUCCUUACAAUACCGUAUCUCCUCUGCCUGCAGGAGAGAGCCUGCUCGAUUCUAAAAAAGCCUGUGAAUGAAUGAAGGAAUGAAUAAAUGAAUAUGAGUGACAGAUCUACCAUAGACUAUAUCCCGCUAGCCACUGGGAUGGAGCUGAAAGAGGAGAUUGACCAGAGCGCCCAUGACAAUCUGGACAUUUGGGCCCCAAAUGACUGCACAGUCUCGGGUGAACUCGGGAUUCUUAAUGAAGAUAGGAAUUUUAUUCACAUUUACCCGUGGCUGGUUCUCUGCAGAAGGUCAAAGGUCAAAUGUGUCCUUUGAUAUGAGGCCAGAUUUUGAACACGAGGCCAAAUUUGAAUGUGGCCAACGGCAUGCAGACAUCCGAAAGUUACAGUUUCCUGAAUGUUCAUGAAGACUUCGGCACCUGUGGACUAGUUAAUGUGGGUACUGACUGAAAUCAAUACAUAUCAAGUUAAUACCCGACCCCGUUCUAAAGAAAUACAAACGGAUAUCAAACCACACAACUUAAGUGAAUCUAGAUUUCUAAAGGCAAAGAAGGAAAAUAGGAAAAAAACAAAACAAAAACAAGGACAUUUUCUGUUUUCUUUUUGUUCCUGAAAGUUUUAGAUAUGAGUUCUGUAAGUUUUCAGCCGUUUGCUCGCCACGUGGCGCUCGCUCCUUUGUCUGCCCUCGGUCUGUGCUUUGUGAAACCAGUGGCAUAGAAGAGUAAUGGUGACUGUUUUGUUUUAGACUUGUAUCUGUUGGGGAAAAAAAAAAAAAGAGGUAAAGAGAAGCCAGCUUCAGUUCGUAGUCGCCCUGUAGAGCUCUUAUGUCAUUUUUAAACUUACUUUCUUAGCGUUGUGUUGGACUUCAAGGUCUUUAACUGUUACUUCAGUCCUUUUUCUAUUUUGGCAUAUUUUCCAUGACAGAUUAUCAGUCUUUUAAGAAUAGAGGAAAAGGUAAAGUAAGAUGAGAGACAGUAAAUUAGAGGUCUAUCUAAAUCUAACAUGCUGUUAUGGAGUCGUGCUUUAGAUUCAGUAUUCUAGAGUUUGUCUUUGGUAUAUAUCUAUAUUUUUUUGCUUUUCAAACUGUAUGAUGCCCAAAUGAUGGACAGACACUGUGUGAACAAUAUGUCAGUGAUUGUUUUACUGCAACCUAUGGAUUGCCAAAGAGCCGUGUGUGCACACGGGGUG